AUGGACCACCUUGGCAACCCCGGGCGUGUUGCCCGCACCACACGGGCUGGAAGUGGCUCACGUCCCUCGACGCCCAAGGUGCCCUCCAUCGACGCGUCUGCCCCAGUGGCCCCUCCCAUCCCAACCACCAUACCCAUUGUUUGUCCCCUGCCUGGUCCUCUCCAAGAUGAGGCGGCGCUCAUUGGGCUUAUCAACAUUGACAGGACGGCCCAUAGCGAGGCGCCGAUGGUCGAUGAGUGUGCCACGUUUUUGAGUGUCGCAGUAGCUAUCGCCAACACUUCUAACACAAACCAGCUCUACGAGUGGAAGCACCUUACACCAACGCAGCUCAACCCCACCCAAACAGAAGCAAAAGGAAACGGAGUGAAAGUGAUGGGCCAGCCGCAACGGACAGAGCAGUCAAGUCAUUCUAUAUCGCUUCUGGGCCUUCCACUCUGCGGCCAACCUCCGAGCACACGUCAAGAGGCCACAGAAGCUACGGUGCAUGCAGCCGCGGGAUGUUCUCCCGGUGCCACUGCACCUGUGUUCGCCGGUAUCUGGUAUUUCACGCAGAACACCGGUUCGCUGCGUACAACCAGGCCCGGCGAGAGAUGGGAUGGAAGUCGGCUGUCAACGACAACGGUGCUCGGCUCGACACCGGAACAGCUCAGAAAGCGUCACAGGGCUUCAACGCCCCAACAACAAACCUGUCUUGUCCACGCUGCGGCGGAUCAGCAGCGGCGACGUCCGAGAACGGUGAACACCGAUGCCACCGUACCCAACCUCGCUUUCAACAGAUCCCCAAAUCCGAGAUGCGCUAGUGCCGUCUCUUAUAUCCCCACCAGGCCUAUGACGCAGCCGUGGAACUCGGACAACUCGAUCCUUCUGUCAACCUCGAAAGCGGCGUGGCUGCACUUCGCUGGACGUCGACUGCCGACAUUAUGGCGCAGAUCACGCAGUUUUUUCCCUGCGACGUUUACAACGCACCUGUCAACUACCCAGGCUCUGGCCAUGGCAGCUGCGAUUAAGGUGCUCGUACAUGAAACGACUCCCAUGUGGCUACGUGCGUCUCCGCAUCUGCCAGCCGGAUGGUGGACCUGUAGCCAUCCACGAUCGCGGCCCCUAUCCUGCCCGGAUAACACCACGCAGCUCUACAAGGGUCAAUCUCUCAAAAGCCUGCUCAAGAACCUUCGUCCAGAGCAGAACGAACAUGUCUUCUCCUACCUUGCAAAGACCAAAGACUGCGCCUUUUACACUGUCCGACUCAAGUCGAGAAGCAACUGGGUCCAGAACGUUUAG